GAUAAAUUCACGUUUGAUUAAUUCAAUUGGAGUGGUGGCGACUUGUACAGCGGGGUCUCUUUGAUUUGUAUUUUGGAAAGGGUUCGUCGAGGGUGUUUACAUUUUUUUCUUCCUAAAUUUUCCGUAGAACUAGGGAUGGCGGCUUCUGUAAGAAGUGUUUCUCAUAAAUUUGGUGGUGCUUUGUCCUCAUUAAAAACACUAUCAACUCCAAGAAGUUAUUUUACUUAUACAAAUGAACCUGCACAGCCGAUAAAAGGCAAGGAACCGAUAUGGACUACCGCAGAGGAGGCAUUCCGAGAUUUAAAAUCAGGGGACACUGUCUUUGCCCAGGGUGCUGCCGCCACACCGAUUGACCUGCUGAAAGCUAUGACGGAGGUAGGCAAAAAGAAAAAUUUAAAGGACGUCAACGUCUGUCACAUGCACACCGAAGGUCCAGCGGCGUAUACCGAUCCUUCCUGUGAGGGUAUUUUCAGGUCGAAUUCGUUCUUUAUGGGGGCCAAUGUGAGGAAAGCCGUAGCUGAGGGUAGAGGGGACGCCAUACCGAUAUUUUUGUCAGAGAUCCCGUUGCUCUUCUACAAGAAGAUCAUCCAACCUGAUUUUGCUGUGAUCCAGGUAUCUCCUCCCGACAACCAUGGUUAUUGCAGCUUGGGAACCAGCGUAGACUGUGUUAGAGCUGGAAUGUCCCACUCAAAAAUAAUUAUCGCUCAGGUUAAUCCACGUUUACCAAGGACCUUUGGUGACGGGAUAAUUCACAUUAGUCACAUAGAUUACGCCGUUAAAGUAGAUACCCCUCUUCCCGUUCACGGAGGCAAACCACCCACCGAAAUAGAAGCUAAGAUAGGAAAAAACAUCGCCGAGAAUUUGGUUGACGAUGGCGCGACACUCCAAAUGGGUAUUGGAAGCAUUCCCGAUGCAGUAUUGGCUGGUUUGACCAACCACAAAGACCUCGGUAUUCACUCGGAAAUGUUCGCCGGUGGCGUCAUCGACCUGGUGAACCGAGGUUGCGUUACCAACAGCCGGAAAUCUAUCCACAGGGGCCGUAUUGUGGGAUCGUUCUUGAUCGGAACUCAGGAUUUGUACGAUUUCGUUGACAAUAACCCUUUCAUUGAAAUGCUGGUGGUCGACUAUGUAAAUAGUACAAGCAUUAUCGCGAAGCAGCCAAGGAUGACUGCGAUCAACUCGUGCAUAGAAGUCGACUUGACGGGUCAGAUCUCGUCCGAUUCCAUCGGAACCAGGAUGUACUCGGGCUUCGGGGGCCAAGUAGACUUUAUCCGAGGCGCAGCUGAAGGUCUGGACGGGUUAGGAAAACCGAUCAUCGCCUUGCCUUCCGUUACGACCAAGGGAGACAGCAAAAUCACACCCAUACUCAAACCAGGUGCUGGAGUUGUAACCACUAGGGCGCAUGCCCACUACGUAGUAACCGAGCACGGCAUCGCCUAUCUAUUCGGCAAAUCCCUCAGACAAAGGGCGCACGCUUUGAUCAACAUCGCCCACCCUGAUCAUAGAGAAGCACUAGAGAAAGCCGCUUUCGAACGCCUUAAAGUUAUGCCAUCUCCUUAAAAGCAAACUCUUAUUUUAAAGUAAUAUUUUUAUUCCAAUUAUUUUUUACAUUGUAUUAUACGAAAAGUUGUGUAUUUUGUUUUUUUUUUUAAGUAAACAAAUUGAUGAAAAUGUUUUUAUUAAAAUGAAAAUAGACAUGUACGCUUGAUGCCAAUAAACGA